GAAAAUCACCUGGACAGAGAAAGAUUCUGCUGUUGGAUCUGUGUGGAUCUACUGAAGGAUCCGGUGACUACUGUCUGUGGACACAGCUUCUGUAAGAGCUGUAUUAACACCCACUGGGACAAAGAGGAGGAGAGAGGAAGCUACAGCUGUCCUCAGUGUAGACAGACCUUCACACCGAGGCCUGUCCUGGAGACAAACACCAUGUUAGCUGCUUCACUGGAGGAGCUGAAGAAGACUGGACUCCAAGCUGCUCCUGCUGAUCACUGCUAUGCUGGACCUGAAGAUGUGGCCUGUGAUGUCUGCACUGCGAGAAAACGGAAAGCUUUCGAGUCCUGUUUGGUUUGUUUGGACUCUUAUUGUGAGAAACACCUACAGCGUCAUCUUCAGUCCCCUCCACUGAAGAAGCACAAGCUGGUGGAGCCCUCGGAGAAGCUCCAGGAGAACAUCUGCUCUCGUCACGACGAGGUGAUGAAGAUGUUCUGCCGCACUGAUCAGCAGUGUAUCUGUUAUCUCUGCUCUGUGGAGGAACAUAAAGACCACGACAUAGUGUCAGCUGCAGCAGAAAGGACCUGGAGGCAGAGAGAGCUCGGGCUGAGGAGACAAACAAUCCAUCAGAGAGUCCAGGACACAGAGAAAGACGUGAAGCUGCUUCCACAGGAGGAGGAGGCCGUCAUUGGCUCUGCUGAUAAAGCAGUGGAGGACAGUGAGGAGAUCUUCACUGAGAUGAUCCGUCUGCGUGAGAAAAGAAGCUCUGAUGUGAAGCAGCAGAUCAGAUACCAGCAGGAAACUGAAGUGAGUCGAGUCAGAGAGCUUCAGGAGAGACUGGAGCAGGAGAUCACUGAGCUGAAGAGGAAAGACCAUGAACUAAAGCAGCUCUCAGAUGCAGAGGAUCACAACCAGCUUCUACACAACUACCCCUCACUGUCACCACUCAGUGGAUCUACACACUCAUCCAGCUUCAGGAUCAGUCCUCUGAGGGACUUUGAGGACGUGACAGUAGCUCUGUCCCAGGUCAGAGGUCGACUACAGGACAUUCUGAAGCCAGAGACCAGAGCUGACUUCUUAAAAUAUUCACAGGAAAUCACACUGGAUCCAAACACAGCACACAGACGUCUGUUAUUAUCUGAGGGAAACAGAAAAGUAACAUGUAUGAGUGAAGAUCAGUCUUAUUCUGGUCACCCAGACAGAUUCACAUUGUGUGAACAGGUCCUGAGUAGAGAGAGUCUGACUGGACGUUGUUACUGGGAGGUGGAGGUGGGGGAAGGAGGAGUUGGUGUAGCAAUUGCAUACAAGAAUAUCAGAAGAGCAAGAGACUCACAUGAAUGUGUAUUUGGAUUCAAUGAUAAAUCUUGGAUGUUAUAUUGUAAUAGAAAGAGUUAUAACUUUCGUUUCAAAAGCAUCUUGACUCCAGUGUCAGGUCCUGUGUCCUCCAGAGUAGGAGUGUACCUGGAUCACAGUGCAGGUGUUCUGUCCUUCUACAGAGUCUCUGACACCAUGACUCUCCUCCACAGAGUCAAGACCACAUUCACUCAGCCUCUCUAUGCUGGAGUUAGGGUUUAUUAUGGAGACACAGCUGAGUUCUGUAAACUCAAAUAGACUUGAGUCAUUAAAAGCAGUGAUUUAGAUUCUGUGUGUAAAUCUUUAACUUCUUUUGUCUCCAUGUUUGUUGAUCAAAGUUCGUCGUGGUGACGUUUCUGCUCCGCACAGAGAUCAGCUGUCAAUCAAACACUGACCUUCCUUUAUCACACAUAUUUAGUCCUCACUUUGUAAAGACAGAAAUCUAUAA